CUGUUGUCAAGCGCGAGUCGGCGCGCUGGGGACGCGGCGCGGAGAGGGUGGGCGUCCCUGGCCGCCUCGGGACGGGGUGUGUGAGGCCCGGCGGCGAAGCUCGGUGUGGGGGCGACCUGGAAGAAGCAGCGCUUCGGCUUCGUCCGCUUGAGCCGCCCGUUGGCGCUCGCGUCGUUCUGGGUCCUGGACGCCCGCGUCGCCGCUGCCGGCGAGCAGGGCACUGUCCGCAGACGUUCGUCCUUUGGAGGCUGCUACGCGAGUUCCUCAGACACUUGAGAAACCCCGGCGGGCCUGGGGGAGUGCGCGCGGUGUGCUCAGGCCUCCGGGGAAGGAAGCGCUGCCCCCGCUGACCGCCGGCGGCAGGAGGGCUUGAGCUCAGCCCGGAGAGGAGACGAUGCCGGCCCGGAGCCUGCGGGGAGGAGGCCGGGCGCUGCCCAGGCAGGAGGCGCCAGCCGGUUCAUCAGACUUAACCGCUGCUGGAAAUUCUCACCAGCCUCCAUUAGCAAAUCCCACUGUGUCAGAAAGUGUAAGCGAUUUUUCUAAAGAUGUUGCAGUGCAAGGGUUGCCUUUGGAUAACACAGAAGAGAGCAACAGACAAAAAGCAAAUGACAUCUGUAUUUCUCAGUUUGCCACGGGACAAAAAGAUGCUCUAAGAACAGUUUUAAAGCAAAAAGCACAGAGCAUGCCUGUUUUUAAGGAAGUAAAAGUUCAUCUUUUAGAGGAUGCAGGCACAGAAAAGGGUGCUGUAGCUCCGGAGGCUAGAAUUUCACCCAGUGGCAUUGAUUCAGCGACAACUGUGGCUGCAGCAACUGCUGCUGCUAUUGCGACAGCAGCUCCACUGAUAAAGGUGCAGAGUGAUUUGGAAGCAAAAGUCAACUCUGUUACAGAAUUACUUAAUAAGUUACAGGAAACAGAUAAACACCUACAGCGUGUUACAGAGCAGCAAACAAGCAUCCAGAAUAAACAUGAGUUACUGCAUUGUCAUGAUCAUGAAAAGCAAAUGAAUGUGUUCAUGGAGCAGCACAUUAGGCAUCUUGAAAAAUUGCAGCAGCAACAGAUAGAUAUUCAGACUCAUUUUAUUAGCGCUGCACUCAGGACUAGUAGUUUUCAGCCUGCUGACCUGCCCGCUUCCAGAGCAGUGGAGAGGUGUCCUGUAAGAGCAGAGCAUCCUGACCUUGGGGGCAGGAAUCUGUCCUCACGCAGCACAUUUGCUUCCAAACAAGCACCUUUAAGAGAAGUUGAAGAUUUGGAUUUUGAUAAACAGAAAUCUCCUUUAGAGACCCCAGCACCUCGCAGGUUUGCUCCUGUACCUGUUUCAAGGAAUGAUGAAAUAUCAAAGAGGGAAAAUCCUAUGGAAGAAAAAGAAAAUAUGGACAUGUUGGGUCAAAGAAAUAAAGUAAGACUCUUGGAACAAAUUUUGAAUAAUAAUGAUUCUUUGACAAGAAAAAGUGAAUCAGAUUUAACAUCACUAACUGUGUCAAAAAUGGGAUGGAAUCCUGAGAAAAACAGCUUUGAAACUCAGCCUUCUCAAAGAUUUCCUUCCUAUGAAGAGCUAGGAACAGCUGAAGUGACUGCACAGAAGUCUGAAGACACUCUUCCUGAUCUUGGCCAAAAGAACAAAGAUACAGACGGCAUGCUCCAGGCAAAAGAAUCUCUGAUGUUGAGGCUUGCUGAUCUCCCACAGAAUUCAGCUAAGCUUCGAACGGCCAGCACGACAAGAUCUGUUUUGAAGGAUGCUGAGAAGAUUUUGAGAGGAGUACAAAACAAUAAAAAAGUACUUGAAGAAAACUUGGAAGCUAUUAUCCGUGCGAAGGAUGGAGCUGCCGUGUAUUCCUUCAUCAGUGCUUUGUCUACAGAUAGGGAAAUAUCAGAGAAGAUUAGGAUUAAGAAGACAGUAGAUGAGUGGAUUAAAACUAUUUCUGCAGAAAUUCAGGAUGAGCUGACAAGAAAAGAUUAUGAACAAAAAAGAUUUGAUCAGAAGAUUCAAAGGAACAAGAAAGCUCAGAAUAUGAGUAAAGAUAUUAAAGCCAACACACAAGACAAAACUGUAAACAAAUCUGCAAUUCCAAGAAAAUAUUCUCACAAACAAGUAGAGGAGCAUUUUAGAACUCUACCAGUGAGGAACACCCCCGCCUCGAGUUUACAGAAAAAAGAGAGGAAAGAAGGGGUUUUGAAAGCAACUGCAGUGAUACAAGAUGAGGAUUAUAUGUUACAAAUUUAUGGAAAACCAGUUUAUCAGGGUCAUCGCAGCACUCUUAAAAAAGGACCGUAUCUCAGAUUUAAUUCUCCAUCUCCUAAAUCCAAGCCACAGAGACCAAGAGUAAUAGAACGAGUUAAAGGCACUAAAGUCAAGUCAAUAAGAACACAGACUGACUUUUAUGCAACAAAGCCGGUGAAGAUGGAUACUAAAAUGCAACAUUCCCUUGCUACAUUACCUCGUGUGGAUCAGCAGUAUGUAUUCAGUCCAAGCAGAGAAAUGCCUACUUUUUCAGGUACACUGGAAGGUCAUCUGAUUCCCAUGGCAAUUCUUUUAGGACAAACUCAAAGUAAUAGUGAUUCCAUUCCACCUGCUGGAGUAAUUGUGAACAAGCCACACCCUGUAACUGUGAUUACUUCUAUUCCCCCAUCAUCUCAAAGAAAAGAAACUGGAGUGAAGAAGCCCAACAUAGCAGUUGUAGAAAUGAAAUCAGAAAAAAAGGAUCCUCCUCAUCUUACUGUGCAGGUUUUACCCAAUGUAGAUAUUGACAGCAUCUCCAAUGGCAGUGCUGAGGUCAGUCCACCUCUGCCUAGUCCCAAAGAAGCAUCUCCUCUGCAAGCCUGGAUGCGGACUCCAGAAUUAAUUAAGGUAGAUGAAGAUGAGCUGAAGUUUCCAGGAACUAACUUUGAUGAAGUAAUUGAUGUAAUACAGGAAGAGGAACACUGUGAUGAAGUUCCAGAAUACUCUGAACCAGUUCUCGAGUUUAACAGAAGUGUUAAAGUUGUUUCUACAAAAUAUAGUGGCCCUCCAUUUCCACCAGUUGCUUCCACUUUUCAGCCUACUACUGAUAUUUUGGAUAAAGUAAUUGAGAGAAAGGAAGCAUUGGAAAAUAGCUUAAUUCAGUGGGUAGAACAAGAAAUAAUGUCAAGAAUCAUCUCUGGGCUCCUUCCAGUCCGACAGCAGGACAGACCUGAUGUCAGUGUCUCAGUCAGUGAGGCAAGUGAGCCUUUGUCCUCUGAUGCUGUGGAAAGAACAAGCAGUGGUGUCCUCCGGCUUUUUGUUGACGCUGGGGUUCCUGUGAACUCAGAUGUGGUUAGCCAUUUUGUGAAUGAAGCGCUUGCUGAGACCAUUGCUGUCAUGCUGGGUGACAGAGAAGCAAAGAACCCACAUCCCACUGCUUCGGUCGUUCCUGGUGAUGUUUUAACCAAUGAAACAGACUUGCCGGCAAGAGUGUGUACCCCAGUGGCUACCCCUCAGCCUACUCCUCCUCAUUCACCAUCACCUGCUAAGGAGUAUGUGUUGAUAGAAACCCCUGUUGCUUCUCCCUGUGAUUCAGAUCAUGAUGUGGCUCUCCCUGUGAAAGAAAUCCUUGCUGAAAAAGAAAGAUCUUUAGGAAAUGAUAUGCCUGCCAUCACCCUUAUUAAUACUCCAGCAGUCACUCCUGCUACAACACCUCCUCCAGCAGCAGCUGUUACCCCAAGUUUGUCAGAGAUUUCCAUCGAGAAGUUGAAGAUACCGAGCCCAGAGCUUCCUAAGCCAUGGGCUGAUGGAGACCUGCCUUUGGAAGAAGAGAAUCCUAACUUUCUUCAAGAAGAGCUUCCUUACCCAAGAGCUAUUGUCAUGUCUGUGGCUAAAGAUGAAGAACCUGAGAGUGAGGAUUUCCCAGCUCAGCCUGCGGCUCCAGAAGCAGUGCCCCUCACACCGUUUCCUGCCAGUGCCAAAGCUCCUUCCUCCUCCCAGAUGCCAACUUCUGAUUCAUCAACACCGGAGAGCACUUUGAGUGUCACUGUCACCGAAACAGAAACUCUAGAUAGGCCCAUCUCUGAAGGAGAGAUUUUAUUUAACGUUGGACAAAAAUUGGCUACCAGUGUUUUAGGAGAUGGAGGGCUGUAUUUGACAAAUCUAAAUGAUAGCCUAUCCAGCACUCUGCAGGAUGCCCUUGAAAUGGAAGAUGAUUCUCCCAGCGAAGGACAAGUGAUUAGGAAACCCCAUAAAGAAUGUCGUACAGAGGCAGUUCUUUCUCUUCUUGCUAAACAAAACCAGGAGCCAGGAGUUUCAGAGCAAGCAGCCUGUCAUGCAGAGGACUUGGAAAACAGUGUGGGCGAACUGAGUGAAGGGCAGCGGCUCGGGCUGCCGGCAGCUGCGGAGAGCGUCCCGCUGGGACGUGCUGUGCGCGCUCCGCAGCCUGGUAUCCACGCGGCGUCUUUGCGACAACAGUGGGAUCCUCAGCCGUCACCUCAGCAGCUGGGCACAGUGUCAGGUAAUAUUUGUGAAGGUUCCUGUGCUAGUCAUGGUCCGAUGAGUUUGGGAGAAUUGGAGUUGCAGCCAGACUCUAACGUUGUAGUUCCCACAACACUUCUGACUGUUAAAGAAAAUGUUGGUAAUUUACCAAAAACAGCUGAAGAUUUUUCUCAGUGCCAACAGAAGCAAGACCAGGAUGCUAAGCAAGCUGAACACAAGCCAGCACAAAGUCAUUUACUAUGUGUAAGAGCUGCACUUCCACAGCAACAGGUUUCACCAAGUGAUAUGGAUCGAACACAAAUUGAGCCCAAUCUGUAUCUUGCAUCUGUAUUUACAGGUGGUAAAGCUGCUCCACAGCCGUCGCCUGCCAAGAUGUCGGUGACGCUGCCCUCUGUGAAGCUGGAGGACUGCUCUCAGUCUCCGAGUGUCAGCACGGGGCGCGGGGACACGGAGUCCUCCGGAACAGACACCUUCUGAGAGGAAAGGAGGAGCCACACACUGUGCUGCUGGUUUCAAAGUCAUUUUACUUUGGCCUACAACUGCCUUUCAGACUGUUUGGGUCUUUGAGUAUGUCCUGAAAAAUUAUUUCUAAUUUUUAAUAAAAUGAAAAGUAUACUUGGAUAUUUUAGGUGAAGUUUUUAAAUAAAAUAAACAGAAGUCAUUGUAA